AUGGCAGACUUCGAGUUUCACUUCCAGUCCAAACCCAAAGGAAGAACAACCUCCCCGAGCCUGAAGCUCUUCGGCUUCGACGUCUCCCGUGACGAAGACGAUGAGUCUUCUGCACCUCUUCUAGACCGUAACGACUCUGCCAGAUCAGCAACAGUCGCCUCCGCGUCCUCUGAGUCUGGGCGUGCCAUCCCUCCCUCCACUGACCGGCAAUUCGAAUGCCAGUACUGCUACCGAAAGUUUGCCAACUCCCAAGCCCUAGGGGGCCACCAGAACGCCCACAAGAAGGAGCGCCAGCACCACAAGCGUGUGGUUGCCGCUGCCUCGUAUCUGAGGUCGACCAACCCUAUGGCCUCAGCCUUUGCACCCCCGCACCACCUACUGGCGGCUGCAGGAUCCACAUCCCCGCGGUGGCUCAGCUACCAAAUCCCACGACAAGCGAUGGCACCGCCUGUCUGUGUGUUGUCACAUGGCUGUUGCUUUGCCGACCCAGUUGGCGGGGGAGGGCCAGGUGUUGGUGCAGCGGUGAAGUCGCUACAUGCCCACAGCCGGCCCCAAGUUUGGGCCUUUGACAGACAACCUUUGGGGCGAUUUGGUGGAGAAUCCAGACUCGGUUUUGACGAUGCCGCUGGUGUUGACCUGCAUCUGAGCCUCGCACCAGCCGCACCUUAAUAUAUAUGCAGCUAGCUCGAGUGGCUUUGGAUGCACGGUUAGAUUGACCAGGCUCAGCUCAAUAUGGCCACGGGCUAGCUCCAUGGCUUAGCUCAGAGAGGGUUUCUUGACUGUUUUCUGUUUUUCAUAGUCUUAGUCGCUUUAAUCAUUGGACUCGUACAUUUUCUGUGCA